AUGCUCAUGAAGUUUUUACCCUUGUUAGUAGCUGGAGUCGCAUGCGCUCGUCUUCAUUCGAAUCCCAGUAGUCCUAACCUUAUCUACUCAGACAUGAAAGCCGAAAGUGACGAGAAUCUGGAACCAACGCUAGAAGAAAUGUGGGGUGGGUACUGGCCAUUUCAAGGAAUCAAUACCUUUGCACAUUUGGAGGAUCACAAAUGUUUAAUUGACAAAGAUACAAACUAUGAUUUGGCAGUUAUUGGAGUCCCAUUUGAUACAGCUACAUCUUAUAGGCCUGGGGCCAGAUUUGGACCUCGUGCGAUAAGAGCUGCAUCUCAAAGACAGACUUCAUUAAGAGGGUAUAACCAGCGCGCAGGCAUAAAUCCUUAUACUUCUUGGGCAAAAGUCAUUGAUUGUGGUGAUAUUCCAGUUACUCCGAUGGACAAUGCCUUAGCAUUCAAGCAAAUGUCUAAGGCAUUUGAAGAGCUUUUACAUAGAAGAAAUGGUACUAGUAGUGGUAAGGCAGCGAACGAUAUUAUUACUCCCCCAAGGUAUGUUGCUCUUGGUGGUGACCAUUCAGUCUUAUUGCCCCAUAUUCGUGCUUUGCAUAAAAUUUAUGGUAAAUUGAAUAUACUUCAUUUCGAUGCUCAUUUAGAUACCUGGGCUCCAGAUAAAUAUCCUUCAUUCUGGCAUUCGGACCAGCUGGAAUUGAACCAUGGUUCCAUGCUUUGGAAGGCACAUGAAGAGGGCCUCACCACCACCCAUAAUGUCCAUGCAGGUUUAAGAACCAAACUCUCUGGCUUGGAGGACUAUGAAGAUGAUGAUAAUCAGUCAUUUACUAGAAUUAUGGCUGAUGACAUCUGGAUAGAUGGGGUGAAAUCAGUGAUCGAUAAGAUUUUGAAAGUAAUUCCAGCCAACACGCCAACAUACUUGUCUAUCGAUAUAGAUGUCUUGGAUCCUGCGUUCGGGUCUGGGACAGGUACGCAAGAGCCUGGUGGAUGGUUGCCUAGAGAAUUAUUGCAUGUUUUGAGAUCAAUAGAUAGUUUAAGUAUCGUCGGCGCUGAUAUAGUUGAAGUAUCACCAGCUUUCGAUAAUGCUGAGAUCACUGCCACUAAUGGUGCACAAGUUGCGUUUGAAAUCUUAACCAGCAUGGUUAAAAAGGGUCCCUUGGGUGAAUUGGUAGUUGAUAGAUUGCCAAAGCCUGUAGUUGAAAUCUUUCAUGCUGAUGCUGAUAAGACGGAAAUUGAUUUUGCAAUUGAAGAAAAGUUGAAAGAAUUGCAAAUCAUGAAGGAAAAGGUAAUGAAAGAGAUUGAGAGUAUGAGGAAUCAAGUGUAA